AUGCCGGCCUUGGUCAAGCGACUUCUGAUAUGGGCGACGAUUGACGGACUCGUUCUCCAGGCUCACGGCUCUGCUGAACAUCACAAAACGAUCAAGAUAGAUUAUGCGAGGCGCCAAAUAACAGAGGCCCAGACCGGCGAUGCAAGUGGCAAGAAGAAUGUUUCGCUUGAAGCUCAUGGUGUUAUAGGGGUUCUCUCAAUCGCAUCUUCCGCGUUUCUCAUUGCCAUCACGCAGCGAGAACAGGUCGCACAAAUCUUCGGCAAGCCAAUAUACGUUAUCAGAGAUGUGGCCUUCGUCCCACUGACAUCACAGACGGAAGCCGAGCGCUCCAUCACAUCGGCUCUCGCGUCGAAGAGUCCUGUCACUGGCGCGGAAGAGUCCGAUUCCGACCUCAGUGAACCAGGUGAAGAAGAAGAAGUCUUGGUCAAGGAGCUGGAGCCAGAGACGCCGGUCGAGCAUCCACUGACCCAGCAGAACAAUUCUAGCUCCACCAGCAUUGUCAGAGACGUCAUUGCCAACCGAGGGCAAUACGCACGAUUUGCUUCGCAGUGGUUUUCGAAGCAAGGCUGGAAAGGACAAAGAGAUGCGACAAAAAAUGCCCCGGUAUCACCUAAGCAGGUGCAGGAUCUGGGCAGGACGUCCUCGGCCGGAGCCGCCGAUGCUGCUAUAGCAGCCAACUCUUCGGAAUCACAGGGCGAGAAUGGCGAGGAACACCAGACAGAUAUCGAUGUCCAUGAAACAUCGAGCACCUCGAUCCGGGACGCGCUACCCAAGAUUGUCAAGACCACAAAGAUGAUUCUGACAUCAGGAAGCUACUUUUUCUCAUACGAGUUUGAUCUCACGCGACGCUUGUCUUUGACCGGCGGAAGCCCAAAUGUUCCGACCAAGGAUACGAUGGACCCGUUGUAUUUCUGGAACCGACAUCUCGCAACACCAUUCCUCAUUGCAAGACAGGAUAGUUUUCUCAUACCGGUAUUGCAAGGCUUCGUUGGCCAGCGGGCUUUCGUGGUCAAAAGGGUCGAACCUAGCGACCCCCAUUCGGCAUGUGUUGUCUCAGCUGAUCAUGACAAAGACUCCCCGGUGCUGGAGCAUGCAAUGAACCAUGCCAAGCAGGGUCUCGCCAGUAUCGGAGGCGAAACGCAGGAUUAUUUGCUUACGCUUGUAUCUCGACGCUCGGUAAAGCGGUCCGGUUUACGUUACCUAAGGAGAGGCAUCGACGAUGAAGGCAAUUGUGCGAAUGCUGUAGAGACCGAGCAGAUCUUGUCCGCGCCUGAUUGGUCAACGAAGAGAAGCAUUCGGUCUUUUAUCCAGAUCCGCUGUUCGAUCCCGUUGUAUUUUUCACAGUCGCCAUACUCGUUCAAGCCAAUCCCAAUAAUUCACCAAUCGGCAGCAAAAAACGAUAAUGCCAUGAAGAGGCAUUUCCAAGAUCUCAAAGAUCGCUAUGGCUCGGUUCAAAUAGCGGUAUUGGUAGAUAAGCAUGGCUCAGAGACCCUCAUCGGUCAGGCUUAUGAGGAGGCAGUGCGAAAUUUGACCGAGUCGGGCGUGCUGAAAGACGUCGAUUUUGAGUGGUUUGACUUUCACGCAGAGUGCCGGGGCAUGAAAUUCGAGAAUGUCUCCAAACUUGUCGACAAGCUUCAGCCCAACAUCGAAGCUUUCAAUGAGACGACACUUUCUGAAAAGGGAAUCGUGACCUCCCAAUCAGGCGUUAUUCGCACAAACUGUAUGGACUGCCUGGACAGGACGAAUGUGGCACAGAGUGCGUUUGGUCAGUAUAUGCUCCAGAGAGAUCUUACCAAGGAAGGAUUUGCCAUUGACCUGUUGCACGACGAGUCAACCACCUGGUUCAACACGCUAUGGGCUGAUAACGGAGACGCCAUAUCUAGGCAAUACGCAUCGACAGCUGCACUCAAAGGCGACUUUACACGCACACGGCGCCGCAACUAUCGUGGAGCGCUCAACGACUUCAGCUUGACACUGACCCGCUACUAUAACAAUAUGGUGAACGAUUAUUUCUCCCAGGCAGUCAUUGAUGUGCUCUUAGGAAAUAUGUCCUGGAAAGUCUUUGAGGAUUUCGAAAGUAGCAUGAUGAGUGCAGAUCCCGGCAUUAACAUCGAGCAGAUCCGCGAGGCUGCGAUCGACAAUUGCAGAAAACAAGUCAUUCAAGCAGACGAUGAAGACCUAAUCCAAGGGUGGACAAUGCUGACUCCUGCUCAUGAAAACACUCUGAGGACGAUACCUUUUGAAGAAGCCGUCGUACUAUUGACGGAUGUCGCACUCUAUUGCUGCAAGUUUGACUGGACGACCGAAAAGCUGAGGUCGUUUGAGAAGAUCGACCUUAGAUCGAUAUCGAAAAUCAGAUAUGGGACGUAUAUCACGUCUACAUUUAGCGAGCGACAGAUGCAAGAGCGAUUCAAUGCCGGGCUCGUCGUUAUAUAUCAGCCAGGCAAAGAGAGCAUAAUUCGUACAAACACCCGAUCCCUGCAAAAUUACGUGGCACCCAAAUCGGAAGACACUGCGAACCGCAUCGAUGGCGGCACUGGUAUACUCUCCUGGCUCAGUCCGUCGUCCCCACCAUCCUCCCGGACAGUGGCUCUCAAAGUCAUCGACGCAACGGCCAGGCAUUUCGACAGGCCCGAAGGAAAGCAGGCCGAGCUUCCUCUCGCGGUCGCGGGAAGAAUUGCCGAGGAGAUAAGAAGAGCUAUCGAGGGCCCAGCCGUUGCAGGUGAAGCACAGGACGACAGCAGUAACAACAAUUUGGUGCAACAGGAUGACAUUAUCUCUCUGGCAGAGGCCAAGAAAAGAACCGGAUACCUUGAACAAUUGGGAUACUCUAUCAAGAAGCUGGUCUGGUCGUGA